CCAACCAAUAUCCCACCCGGCAAAGAGAAGGAUUUUUUGUUGAUUGUUGUCUUUGUUGUAUCUUUGAUAAUGAUAAAAACUAAACGACAUGAAGUAUAUUUCUAAUUAAUUGUUUAAAAAUAGUGUAAUAAGUUGAAAUACCAAUGCUAAUUUUACAGAGUAUUAAUAUGAGUGCAUUAGUACCUUAUUUUGAGCUAUAUGUUGGAAAGACGAUAGUGGGUAGGGAUCCCAGGUGCUGCCAAAUAACCCUUGAUAAUUCGUUUAUAUCACGUCGACAUGCCGAAAUUAGCGUUGAAGAAGAUGGUUCAGCAUAUGUUAGAGACCUGGGGAGUUCGAACGGAACAUACAUAAAUUCUGCAGCAUUAGAUCCUAAGGAUUAUUUUGUACUUGAAGAUGGAGACAUCCUAUCAUUUGGUGUAGAUACAUUUUUUGAUGAAGUGACAGGACGUCUGUUCAAAGUAAUCUUCGUGAAUGGUGAAGAAACUAAUGAGCAAACAAACUCGAAUCAGAAUCGUAUGAACGAAGAUGGAUCGCAUAUGAAUGGUGAAAAUGAAGACACCACCGUGAGGCAGUGCUAUGUAGUUUUGCAGAGGCUUAACCUCAAUACCGCAAAUGAUGCUGCAGAUGACGACGAUAAUCGAAUGGUGGAAAGCACAAUAGAUGAUGAUAAUGCCAGAUGUAAUGGUGGCAAUCAUUGCACCAGUGAAGAGGAAGAAGAGAGCAGAAAAAGGCGCCGCAGCCAGGAAGACAUUGAUGUCACGAGUUCAAAAAAACUCAGAAAUGACGAAGAGGAAAAAAUGGAUUAUACUAUGGAUGAGGUAAUUUUUUGUAAUGAUGACGAAAGUGAUGAGUUCCCAUGCUCUCAAAUCUUUGAUCAUGUUCAAGAAGAAUGUAUUCACGAGGAUGAUAACGAAAAAGAGUCUGAUCAAGAAAUUAUCGAAAUAGAUGAUGAAGAUGACGAAUUCGAUGAAACUGAGCGUCAUUGGAUAAAUCGUUUGUCACAAACGUUUGACUGUCCAAAACAAGUGGAAAUACCAGUUUUCAAGGAAAAUAUUGUUGAAGAAGAUAUUGAGAUAAUUGAAAUAGAAGAUGAAGAUGAAGAAUUCGAUUAUAAUGAGCGUCAUUUGAUAAAUAUUUGUGGAGAAGCAGAUUCAUGUAACGAAAAUGUUAGUAAAAGUAUCACGCCUACUGAAGAGGAAGAAAAAGUGAAAAUAGCAGAUCCUGAAGAAAAUAUCAGUGAAGAGGUAGAAAGUAUCAAACCCACUAAAGAAAAAAGAGAGGAAAACGAAGAGAAUUUGGAUAAUUCUUUGAAACCUAAAAGACAUGAAGCUACUCGAAGGCAAAUCAAGCUUGUUGAAGCAGAACCUUUAAAGACAAAUCGACGUACCAGAUCGAAAGAAAGCAAAACUCGAUCUAACCUCACAAAAGUGAAUGCUUCACCAUUGAAGCCAAAGUUGUCAAAUUCACAGAAAGCAUCGAAAAAGAAAUUGAAAAGUAUUGCCAGUUUGGAUAAGAGUGAUGAGGCCACACGCACUUUGGUGAGUGAAGCUCCAGCAAAAGAUCCAUCGCCCAGUAAGGGUAAGUCGCGUGCAAAAUUAACUAGGAAAAACCGCACCGAUUUACUAUUGGACUCUUUAGUAGGCAGUAAGCCCUGUACUAGUAAAACGUUCAAAAUUCCAAAAUUGAGAAAAUCCCGUUCGAAUAAGAAUGAAACACCUUCAAAUGAACAGAAUGUCGGCGACACUUGCAAACAGAAUGUUGAUAAAAACUGUAAAGAGAAUGACGAGAUGCCUACAUCAGCAUCCAUUACAGAGAUACCAUUAGCGACACCAGCGACUGCAAACAAUUCAAACAGUUUGCCACAAUGUACAGUAAUUUCGAAAAGAAAGUCUGUAUCUUUUAAUGAGCAAAUUCAAAUCAAGGAAAUCGAGUCUCUACCAGGAACACGUAAAUAUGAAGUCUCAAAGCUUGGCCACAAAGCUAUCAGGAAGGUUGAUCAGGAAUUUCCUAUCAAAAUAACAACAACUUAUAAGCCACAAUGCAAAUUGGAUGAAAUAUUCUCGUACAUCUUGAGAUGGAGUGUCACCUGGUUAGAGGAAGAGAAGAGAAAUGGUGCGGCCGGUAACCAAAGAAGGCCUCCUCCAGUCGGAUUCGAAAUUCCUAUUAGGCGUUUACCUCAUGAAUUUGAAAGCUUUUUCGAAUACUACAAGUGUGUUCUACCACUUGCUCUACUUGAAACCUGGGCAAAAAUUAGCAACGACUAUUUCAACAAGUCAAAUCAAGAUUAUCUAGUGAAAGUUGAUUCUUUCAGAAAAGAUAAACUAGAAAUUUCAAUGCUACCGAAUUCCACUGCAUGUCGCCAGCAAUUGGUGAUAGAUUGUCACACUUAUAUGCACGAGAGAGAUAUGCGAGAAGGCCUUUUGAGAAUAGGAGACUUGGGAAUUGCCGAACUGCGUUUCAAUGUCAAUGGGCAGAUUAAGCACGUCUUUAUUAACGUUUUCUGUUAUGUACAGAAUGUAUCUUCCUCUAAAGUGAGCGAUUCACCUUACAUUGGUGACAGUGACCUACUUCAAAAACUGGGACUUGAAUUUAAUACCAACUUACACCGAGUGCACGUUGGAUUGCUGGUCAAAUGUCGGAGUGAAGAAGAAUCACUUGUAACAAAUGCAAUUGUCAGACUGAAGAUAGUAUCGUACAUUCGCCCUACGUUGAAACAUUUUGUUUCUUUGUUAAACCUAGAAACAUCUCCGUUGAUGCCAGCAAUUUUGAAACCAUCGACAUUUGAUUUUUCGGUUGAAGAAUUUAAAAUUCACAAAUUUCACGGAAAGUUGAACUCAGCUCAGGAACAAGCUGUGGCUCAUGCGACCAAACUAUGUAUGGGCUCCAAGCCUAACAUAGGCCUUAUUCAUGGGCCUCCAGGCACUGGAAAGUCGCAUGUGAUCAUCAAUCUGAUCCAGACUUUGAUAUCUGAAAGUAUCCAUAAGUUCAACAAACAUCCACGAAUAUUGCUUUGUGCUCCCACGAAUGCUGCAAUUGAUCAGCUGGUGCUAAAGUUGAAGGAUAUACGAUCGAAACUACCAGGUAAGACCUAGUUAGACUAGAGAUAU